CAAUACAAACCAACCACCUGUGUACACAUCAGCUGUUUCACGAGGACGGACUGAGAAAAGUGGUGCCGGCAUUAUAUUGAAAUAAAACAUAAGUAUUAAAGAUAGCUUUUUGCAGUAAUAAUGUUUAACAAUAAAUUAUUGAAGCUUUUUUCCAAUUCAUGUGGAAUCAGUCGAAGAUUUUCUGUAUUCAAUCCUACGACAAACUCUACAACUCGAUUGAGGCAGUUUCUAAUAAUAACUGUCGGGGGUGGAACUGCCGCGUAUGUCUCGUACAAAACCUAUGGUGUGGCGUACACAAAGGCUGCAUCAAAUAAAUUUAUGGCAGAUCCAAUAACUGAUCAAAAAACACUCAACAGUAAUCGAAAUGACAUGAAAGCACGAAUGGAAUUGUUUAUAAUGAAAGUGCAGGCUGAUUUCUGUAGAGCGCUUGAAGCCGAAGAAGAAGGAGGUGCAGUCUUCAAAGUAGAUCGUUGGACUCGUAAAGAAGGAGGAGGAGGAAUCACAUGUGUUUUGCAAGAUGGUGAAGUAUUUGAAAAAGCAGGUGUUAAUAUAUCUGUGGUAUCUGGUACACUGUCACCCCAAGCUGUUGCCCAGAUGCGUUCAAGAGGGAAGAAAUUACAGGAAGGAGAAUUGCCAUUCUUUGCUGCAGGCGUUAGUUCAGUGAUUCACCCUCGUAAUCCAAUGGUUCCAACUAUUCACUUCAAUUAUCGAUAUUUUGAAAUUCAGGAAGACGAUGGCUCAAUUCAGUGGUGGUUUGGAGGUGGCACAGAUCUCACACCAUACUAUUUAAAUGAAGAAGAUUCAAAGCAUUUCCAUAAAACUUUAAAAGAAGCCUGUGACAAACAUAACAAAGGAUAUUAUCCAAAGUUUAAAAAGUGGUGUGAUGACUACUUCCAUGUUGCGCAUAGAGGAGAAAGACGAGGUGUGGGAGGAAUUUUCUUUGAUGAUUUAGAUACUCCGACUCAAGAACAAGCAUUCAGAUUUGUGUCUUCAUGUGCCGAAGCUGUGAUCCCAUCAUAUCUGCCAUUAGUUCAAAAACAUAAAAAGGAUGCUUAUGGUUAUCAUGAAAGACAGUGGCAACUCCUACGCCGUGGAAGAUAUGUUGAAUUCAAUUUGAUUUAUGACCGUGGUACAAAAUUUGGAUUGUACACUCCAGGUGCAAGAUAUGAAAGUAUUUUAAUGUCUCUACCUCUGACAGCUAGAUGGGAGUAUAUGCAUGCUCCUCAACCAGGAUCAAAGGAAGCAAAACUAACAGAAGUAUUACGUAAUCCAAGAGAUUGGUUGGGUCUUGAAGAAGAAGCUCACUAAUGGCCCAAGAACACUGUAGUUUUCAUUCGUUGUGGUGGUGGUGGAAAUUUAGAUUAAGAAAUAAUUUUUUUUAUUUCAGAAAUCUAAAUAAAACAUGUUUUUAAUACAAGGCAAAAAAAGUGCAAAAGCAAACGUUAUUCAACUCUUUAAAAUUUAUUGUUAAUAUUUGUAUUAAAGAAUUCAUGUAUUAUAUUAGAAUUAGUUUGUUUUAUAAGAUGUGCGCUCUCUUUUUUGUAAUGUAGUUCUUUCUAAUAUAAUUAAUAAUCAUUCAAAUUGUAGAUAGCAAAUUUUGUGAGACUACUGAUGAAUUUCACGGUAACUGGACAGACUUGAUAAAUGUUGCUUGUAAAAAUGUUCUUAUGAAUGUUGAGGGGAGAUGAAAUGUAUUUUCAAAACUGAUUAGUUUUGUUGAUAACUAGGAGAAUAAUGUAUUAAAAGUUAUCUCUAUGGUGAACUGUAAAUAAAAUAUGAAAUAAAUAUUUUUAUACUUAUUUUAAUUUCGUGUUUCUAUGAAUAACGAUGGAGAGUGUAUAUGUAGUAUUUC